UCCAUCAACCACUCGAUCUCACUCACCACAUCUAUAUACAACGCAAAUCCACCUGCUCCCUUUCCAAUACAACCCAAUACAACAAGAAUCAAACAAGAUGGAUACCUCCGACUCCAUUAACCAGCGCUCCACCGGCAACGUCAUCGGUGGCCACAAGGCUAACCUCAAGAACCCCAACACCUCAGAGGAGGCCAAGGAGCACUCCCGCCAGGUCCUCGACGAGCUCGGUAGCGAGACUAAGUCUUCCGCCGGCGGCAGCGGCGACGACGGCUCCAAGAACACGGGCAACGUCAUUGGUGGCUACAAGGCUACUCUCAAGAACCCCAACGUCAGCGACGAGGCCAAGGGCCGUGCUGAGCAGAAGCUGGAGCAGAUGGGAGCCAAGUAAGCGCGGGCUCAGCGAUGCUUUCCUGUACUAUUAGCGCUCAGCGAUGGGGGAUCGAAUGAAAAUCUGUGAAACAAACUAAACCUUUGCAUUGUGGCACGUAAAGAACAUGUGUACCUUUCUAUUUUUCUCCUAGUGCAGC